GGGUGUAAGUCGUUCGGCAUGAUAUACCGCUUUUGGGCGGCAAUUGGAUGUGUAGUGCCGAUUCUCGGAACCGGGGAAAUCAAGAGCCGAGGGGAAGCUUGGGGGAAAAAAUUGCUGACCUUCUUCUGGAAGCUGUUGGAAGAGACGAGAUCCACCGCCGAUUUGAACUCCGUUGAACACCGAAGCCGAACUCUUCUUCUUGUUUACUUCUCCAAUUACGAAUCUACGACUCUCUUGAUCAUAUACCCAACCAUCUUUUUUACUUAAUCACAAUGGCCACCUCCAUCAAGUCCAUCCGAGCUCUCGCUCCCCUCCUUGACCGUGUUCUCGUCCAGCGCAUCAAGGCCGAGACCAAGACCGCCAGCGGCAUCUUCCUGCCCGAGUCCAGCGUUGAGAAGCUCAACGAGGCCAAGGUCCUCGCCGUCGGCCCCGGUGCCAUGGACAAGAAGGGUAACCGACUACCCAUGGGCGUUGCCGUUGGUGACCGUGUUCUGAUCCCUCAAUUCGGCGGUUCCCCCGUCAAGGCCGGCGAGGAGGAGUUCCAGCUCUUCCGCGACAGCGAGAUCCUGGCCAAGAUCAACGAAUAAGAUACCCAUAUAUCAAAAAUAGCCUACUUGUAUCAUACUGUACCAUAUCGAGAGCGGCGGACGCAAGAGAUGGAGCUCUGAGGUCGCUUUGGAGGGGAAGAGGGAGGGGACGAUUGUAAUGUAGGCGCAAAAAUGACAGACCAAUUAUGCAAGGAUUCAAGAUGUAUGUUUGUAUAAGUGUGUAUGAGAAGUUUAAAAGUGUUGGCCGCGCAGGACAGAAUCAAAUCUCCACUCUUACCCUUUCAAUUGUAUGAUUUUACGAAUCAUUACCCGUAUUGUGUGAUAGUAGUAUCGUGGAUGAGGCUUCGGCAGGUGAAGCAGCUAGACGUCGCAUAUAUAGGAAGGCAAAGGAUCAAUUGGUUAUGAGUCGAUCUGGUGAAUGGGCCGGCAUUUGGGCUACCGAAGCGCCGAAGAGCGAAGGCCGAAGCCUGACGAGGUUAUUCUUGUACGACCUGUGCAGGGCCGAUGUUUUGUUUUGUUUUCUCUCGAAACACACUUUGCUGCAGAAGGCCGAUACUGAAGCUGAGUAAUCACUUGGGAAUAGAGAAAACAUGCAGCUUGGCCAGACUGUAUGUUAGUGUGCAUGUAAUGUACCGUGCAGUCUGGUGAUGCCAAGUCGGAAUGUGUGAAUAGCAGGGGUAUAAAACAAGCUUCAUAAGUGAUCAACAUAUGAUGGGAUGACAGCGGAACAGAUGCCUCAUUUUUCCAAGCGUGUUGGUUGUGUUUUCUGAGGUUCGAACUGAACAGGGUGGCGAAAGGG